AUGAUUUAUCUAUGCUAUUAUCAUGUUGAUGAGAAAACUAAGCAUGAUCCAAGAUUGGUUGUAGCUCACUUGGGCACCUACACUAGCAAAGUGAAGUUGGCUGACUCCGGUCAAACUGUCAUACUAACAAUAGUCCCCUUGCUGUACAGAGAUGCUGGGGAUCUCAGAAUAUUCUACACACUCCAAGAUGUUAAGAAUGUCCUUGCAAUUCCAAAGUAUGCACAGAUGCCUUGUGUCAAGGCACUUUUGGAUACUUUUGAACGUGAAUGUUGUCCCAAUUUUAAAGAUCUUCAGAAAAAAGAAUGGGAAUCGUCUAGAUUCCCUUUCAUUGUUUUCGAUGGGAAUCACAGGCUGAGCACUUCAAUUCUCAGCAAACGGUUUUCAAAGAUCUUGAGCGCUUCCUACUACCGGAUGUGCCCUCCCUGUCUGAAAUCAUAUCGAAAGAUUUUCAUAACAAAGGAACUUCUUCUUCGAAGAGCUUUUUUCGCCUUGGCAGUAUAUGCCUUGGGGUGUAGUAGCAUGCAAUCACUGCGUACCUGGCCUGUAGUCGUGUCCAACUACUGGAAUCAUCAAGCAAGUUUUGCCAUAACAACUAUCCUUAACAACAGUGACAUACCAGAACCUGGAGAUCCUGUCUUCUCGUUAUGGCCGUUGGAUUUACCAAAGCCAGAUUUAGUGUUCUACGUCAACUUUCCUGAUGAUAUGCACGUCCAGCUGAUCACCACAAGGGCCCCAAACAACUGGAAACCGAGGCUUCUAAAGUUCUAUCAAAGAAUACAAAACCCGACAACAAUAGAAAUAUCAACCAGAAAGGGAUGGGAUGAAGCUUUAGAACGAAUGAAAGAGUACAUCAAAAUAAAUUUAGGAACAAAAAAGCUAUUCUUUUUCAGGAAUUUGAAGUUCCUUUCAUCAGGGAAAAAUAAUACAUAUGUAAUAUUAAAAUCAUAA